UUAAUUGAGCAUUGCUACUUUUUUAAGCAUCGAUAGCCGUUGCGUUUACAUUGUCCCACAUGGAGAAUUUAUGGAGAAGUUUAUUAAUUUACCGGGCAAACAUUUGCGUAAUCAAUUUCGUAUCAAUACUGUUGGUAUAAUCUGCUACAAAAACGCAAGUUAAGUCCUGUGCGACGACAGUGCGACAGACUCGUCUCAAGUGCAAGACCAAAACUUCGAGGAAUUAGCAAGAGAAAGUUUUAAGAAGAUUAGAAGAGAAACAUGAAGACUAUUAAGUUGUUGAGCAUCCUUUUGGUGGCAAUGGCCUGCGUUUCUGCAGUUAAUUGUGAAGAGGAGGGAAGUUACUAUGACGACAAUGCACCAAAAGUGGAGAAUGAUUAUGCGAAGAAUGCAGAUGUGUCAGCUGACAGAAGUCUCGCUGGCGAAGAAUAUGAUGACGAUGUCAAGGGGGAAGAGACGGAAGCCGACGAAUACCUGACGGAAGAUAAUGAAGAACAGACGGAAGUCGACGAAGAUGAGGCCGAAGCAGACGAUUACAAGACGGAAGCCGAUGGAGAAGAGACAGGCAAAGACACAACGAGAGGAAUAACAGCUGAUCUAUCCAAUGGUGAACAAGACGACACAAAACGCGGUGAGUAUAGCAAACACAAUGUCUUAAUUUCGUGUGGAAUCAUACACAACUCAAUUAAAGCCAAGAACUGUUGA